AUGUUUUACUCUAAAGAAAUAUUAACGCGUAAAAAAGGUGGUUUAGGCAUUAUUUGGCUCGCAGCUACUCUAGGAUCUCGUUCUAGUCUUAAAAAAUUGUCAAAAAAAGAAGUCAAUUCUGUAAAUUUAGUAAAGGCAUGUGAAUAUGUUACUUCUCCACCAGAACCAUUGGCUCUUCGUUUAACUUCCAAUCUUAUGAUUGGAAUCACAAGAGUCUAUGAUCAACAAUAUCAUUUUUAUUACAGUGAUGUAAACUGUGUAUGGAAUCGUUUGCAUAGAACUUUAAUUGAAUUACAGAAAGAAUCAGUAGAUAUGAUCGUACCACAAGCAAGGCCUGAAGCGAUUACUUUAGCAGAUGAUCCAUUUUUCGAAAUUGAAAUGACUUUUUCACACAAACCACAAGAUUUUAGUGUGGUUCCUGAUAUUGAAGAGACUACUAAUAGGACACAGCAGUCGCCGACUGUCUCAUCAUUUCCUCCCGUUAGAGCAAGUGGAUCAUCAAAUGUUACGCGUCAAUCAUUAAUUACACUUCCCGAAGUUAGUGAUGCGGACCUUUCAGUUUCUUCUAUUAGUGGAUUUAGCGGAGGAUUUGAUGCCGGAUUUGAAAUUAAUGAUGAUUUACUUAUGAUGGAUGACAGUGGAAUUGACUUUGAUGAAGAAGGUGGUCUACACGAAUUUGAACUUCGAUCUGAUGGGCAGGAUGAAACUCAACAACAAAAUGGCCAUGAUCCUUUAAAUCCGGAUAUGAAUGAAAUCAUGAAAAGAGUUAGAGAAGAACAUGACGCUGGCCUUCAAGGAAAUAACAAGGAAAAGAGACGAAUACGUCAAAAGGAACCUGCUCCAGAAGAACAAGAAGUGGAUGACCAAAUUGCGGACGUUCAAAUGGAUAUAGAGAGAGAAGGUAUGCAAGAAGUUCUACAACAAACAGCUCACGACGAUCAAGAAGUGCUACAACACGACGACCAAGAA